UCUUGAACAAACAACAACAACGGUAUGAAUGUGGUUGUAAGGCUUAUUUUUACAUGUGUAUUUGCAUUAGAGUGCUGUUGGGCUAGUCGAAGAAUUGUCGGAGGUCGUAGAGCAAAGGCGGGAGAAUUUCCCUAUCAACUUAGUUUAAGAUAUGAAGGUACACAUCUUUGUGGAGCUGCUCUAAUAGACGAAGAAACAGCGAUAACAGCAGCUCACUGUUUUCCAAAGACAGGGGUUUAUUCAGUACAAGCAGGAAGUAUAUAUUUGAGCAAAGGUGGAGUAUCAUCGCGUGUUAGAAUGGCUAUCACACAUCCAUAUCACAGUUCUCUCAAUGAAGAAUAUGACAUUGCUGUUCUCAAGCUUACACCACCAUUCAAUUAUUCUGCCACAAUUCAACCUGUUAGAUUACCACGAUUUCGAGAACCAAUAAAAGAAGGCCAAAUAGGUAAUGUGUCAGGAUGGGGAAGCCUUAGUAUUGCUUUUCCAGAUGCCGUAGAUCAACUUAGGACUGUUCAGCUGCCCGUUUUAGACCAAAAUUAUUGCCAAAGAAGAUAUAAUAUGGUAAAGCUUACGGACAAUAUGUUUUGCGCUGGGUAUAGAGAAGGCGGCAAAGAUUCAUGUCAAGGCGAUUCUGGCGGUCCUUAUGUUAUAGAUGGAGUACUCUAUGGAAUGGUUUCAUGGGGAUUCAACUGCGCCCAACCUGGCUAUCCAGGUAUUUACACAAACGUGCCGAUGCUUCGGGACUUUAUCAAAGUAAAUAGUGGAUUGUAAAGAGAUAAUUCAACACCUCUCUAAAUAAAAUUUGUAAAAAUAUUUAUUAAUAAUAGAAUUAUUUUAUUUGAAUUUGGAUUUGUUUUUUUUUAAUGUAUAAGAAAUUAAAGAAACAUGUAUAAGGGUUGGAAAAACCUAAGAAUUAAAAAUAUAUAAGUAGGCUUUCAGGUUAUUUAGGUUUUAAAGGUUGUUAGUUUAUAUAU